GAGAAAGAAGUUUGGCGAAGAAUUAUACAUGUAGGCGUGGAAAGCAAUUGCUCAAAGAACAAAGUUUUUGGCCGCCCUACCUGCUUGGCCAUCUCUUUUGGACGCAUUUUGGGAACAAUCGGUGGAGAACAAACAGAACGUACAUCUCAAAAUUAAAAAUAAGGGAUCAUUGAUGUAAAAGGAAAUAUUUGUGGUGGGAUGUUGAUUUUCGUCAACGAGAAGUCUCAAAACAGAUCUUUGCGAUGAAAACGGAUCUUUCCAUCUGGCAGUUCACCGAUUGCCGUCCAAAAUCUGGAGGCAUAGACGACAGAAUAGAUCAAUGUGGUGAGGAGGAUGACGAGGAUUUGGAAGGACUCGGGAGAGGUAGAAGGCGUAGGACUAUAAGAAGACCGGACCCGAUGGGGAAACAGAGGAGCCACUGGAACGGGGUGGUUAUGGACUGGCGCCAGAACCACCUGGUGUCACAGAUCUCGGCGGCAGCGGAGAGGAGGAUUCUCGUGAAGAUGGUGAGGGAGAUGAGGGUCAUGGAGAGGGAGUGGAGGGUGGACAGGGUAGAUAAGGAUGAAGGGCAUAGAUCUAGCACACCCUCCGCUAUUCCAGCAGCACAGAGGAUCAUGGAGGUUGCCUUGUGAACAUCAGCAGUGCAAAAUGAAUCAUCCUUGCUUCCAAUAGAGUGAAAGUGGGUUCCAUCAUCAGGGUUGGUUUCUCAAGUGUUACCGACGCUAUUCACUUUGUGUCCAAAUGCAAACACCACUACAGAAGUUCCCAUUGAGGCUCUUGUGAAAGUGUUAAGACCUUUAGGCCUUCAGAAUAGGAGGGCAGCUACGCUUAAAACAUUCUCAAAGGAAUAUUUGCAAGAUAGCUGGACUCAUGUGACACAGCUGCAUGGUAUUGGCAAGUAUGUUUGCACCAUUUCAUAUGUGUAAAUUUUUUCUAAACGUUUCCCUCCCAUCUCAACUGGAACUGAAGUGUGAGUUAUUUUUUAUUUGUUUGUAGGUAUGCAGCAGAUGCCUAUGCAAUAUUUUGUACUGGAAAAUGGGAUCAUGUAAGACCAGAAGAUCACAAACUAACUGAGUAUUGGAACUUUCUUGUUGAACUCCUCACGAAGGAUGGAAUAUUCGCAUAGCAUUGGAUGGUGUUUUUUUUUUUGCAACUGACAAUGUACUGGUAACUUGGAUUGCAUACUAUCUUCUCAUUUUCCUAUGUGAUUUGUUCGAAAAAUUUGUUUUGGUCAGCUUUUUGGAAACAAUUAGGGUGCUUUGAAAUGAAUUCUUAAAUUCCUCUUUUGAUGCUUGUCUCUCACCU